AUAUAUAUACACACAUAUAUAUAAUAUAUAUUAUCGUAUUAUUUAUUUAUUAAAUAUGUAUCGACGACGAUGAUCUGUCGCUUCCGUCGUCGUACGUCGGAAGAACGUAUCGGUCGGUCGGUCGGAGCGAGCGAUAUUAAUUCUUAAAUACUCCUAUUACGUAGUGUUUGUUGAAAUAUAUAUCUAAUUAUUUUUUUUUUAUCAGAUAUAUAUAUCUAAUUUAGUUUGUGACGACAGAGUGUUAGUUUGUUGGAUCGAAUUACAAAAUGGUGAUGUAGAUGAAGGUGCAGAGGUGUAGAGAGAGCAUUCAUUAUUCUCAAUUUCCGGUAAAUGCAGAAGUUCGCCGGUGACCGAUUAGGGUUUUGACUAGUCAACCGGUUUGCCAAGAGUUAGUUGGUACGUAGCAGCAGCAGCAGGUGGAGGGAGGGAGAAGGAGAUAUGGGAGGUCCAACUGCUGCUUCUAAUUCUCAAGGAAACUCAAACUCACAAGACAAUUCACCUCCCUAUGUUCACAAGGUUGGAAUACCUCCAAAGCAAAGCCUCUUCAAGGAAGUCAAGUUCGGCAUCAAGGAGACCUUCUUCCACGACGACCCUCUUCGUCCCUUCAAGGAUCAGCCCAAGUCCACCAAGCUUCUCCUUGCCAUACGUGCUCUCUUCCCAAUCCUCGACUGGGGACGCCAUUACAAACUCCACAUGUUCAAAGGUGACCUCAUCGCCGGACUCACCAUUGCCAGUCUCUGCAUCCCUCAGGACAUAGCUUACUCGAAGCUGGCGAAUUUGGAUCCUCAGUUCGGCCUAUACACUAGUUUCGUCCCGCCCUUGAUUUAUGCUGUCAUGGGGAGCUCCAGAGACAUUGCCAUUGGCCCUGUGGCUGUCGUGUCUCUCUUGCUUGGAAGCAUGCUUCAGAAUGAGAUCGAUCCCAAAAACAAACAUGAGUACCAGCGGCUCGCUUUCACUGCUACAUUCUUCGCCGGAAUCACUCAAUUUCUCCUCGGAUUCUUCAGGCUCGGUUUCUUGAUCGACUUCCUCUCCCAUGCUGCCAUUGUUGGAUUCAUGGCCGGAGCAGCCAUCACCAUCAGCCUCCAACAACUCAAGGGCUUGUUCGGCAUCAAGCAAUUCACCAAGAAAACUGACAUAGUUUCCGUCAUGCGCUCCGUGCUCACUAGAGCCCAUCACGGCUGGAAUUGGGAGACAAUCGUUAUCGGACUUGUAUUCUUAGCCUUACUUCUCCUUGCAAAGUUCAUCGGAAAGAAGAACAAGAAACUGUUCUGGAUUCCUGCCAUAGCUCCACUGCUAUCAGUAAUCAUCGCAACCCUCUUCGUCUUCAUCACGCAUGCUGAAAAGAACGACGUUCAGAUUGUUAACCAUAUUGACAGAGGCAUCAACCCUCCAUCAUUAAAUGAGAUCCAUUUCACAGGCAGCUAUGCCGCCACUGGCUUCAGAAUUGGCGCUGUCGCUGGAAUGGUUGGACUUACGGAAGCAGUAGCGAUAGGUAGAACUUUUGCAUCAAUGAAGGAUUAUCAUCUAGAUGGAAACAAAGAAAUGGUAGCAUUAGGCACCAUGAAUGUCGUCGGCUCAAUGACAUCUUGUUACGUCGCCACAGGGUCCUUUUCGCGCUCCGCUGUCAACUUCAUGGCUGGAUGCAACACGGCAGUAUCAAAUAUCGUAAUGUCCUGUGCUGUCCUGCUGACGCUUGAAGUGAUCACACCUCUGUUCAAAUACACUCCGAAUGCGAUCCUGGCUUCGAUCAUCAUAUCAGCUGUAGUUGGGCUGUUCGACUACGAAGCAAUGAUCCUCAUUUGGAAGAUUGAUAAAUUCGACUUUGUCGCCUGCAUGGGAGCCUUUUUUGGCGUUGUCUUUGCCUCUGUCGAAAUUGGGCUUCUGAUUGCAGUGGCCAUUUCCUUCGCCAAGAUUCUUCUCCAAGUGACACGGCCACGGACAGCAGUGCUCGGAAAAAUCCCCAGAACUCAAGUUUACAGGAACAUUCAGCAGUAUCCGGAGGCGACUAAGAUCCCCGGACUCCUGAUCGUUAGAGCAGAUUCCGCCAUCUACUUUUCCAACUCCAACUAUGUCAGGGAAAGGAUACUGAGACUUCUGGCUGAUGAGGAGGAAGAGAUUAAAGAGAAUAGCCAGCAGAGAAUCCAUUAUUUGAUAGUCGAGAUGGCGCCUGUAACUGAUAUCGAUACUAGCGGCAUUCAUGCUCUGGAAGAUCUCCACAGAAGUCUACAUAAGCGCGACAUAAAGGUACAGCUUGUUCUAGCAAAUCCAGGGCAGGCAGUGCUGGACAAGCUGCAUGCAUCGAGCUUGGCCAACACAAUCGGAGAAGACCAUAUCUUUCUGAGUGUUGCGGAUGCUGUCAUGACUUUGGCCCCAAAGACAGAACCUUGAGGUCUUUUUUGUGUCCGAACAGGUUAACAGAUCGAUAAGAAUUAAUAAUGUUAGAGGUUAAAGGUAUAUAUGUAAUCCAAACAAAGUAGUACUCGUAGUCUCACAAAUAGGAUGAAGAUUUCAUUUUA